AUGUUAAAAUUAAAUAGAUUAUUUAAUUCUUAUUUUUGUAGACAAUCUAAUUUUAGAGCUUUAACUUUUUGUUUUGUUAAAUUUUCUAGUUAUAAUAGAAAUUCGUCUUCUUUUGAGUUAAUUGAAUCUAGUAAUGAAGUUAUAAAUCAAGCAAAUGUUGGUAUAAAAUAUAAAGGGUCAAUAGAAGCUUGUUUAAUUCAAGAAGAAUUACAGCUUGGAGAAAAUAAUAUAAUUCAAAUUUCAUUAAUACAAGGGAAAUCUGGCAAAAGAACAAUUAGUUUUGCAAGAAUGUUUAAAACAGAAAAUUCUGAAUGGAAAUAUUUACGUUUACCUAAUUUAUUGAUGCCGACUGAUGCUUACAAAUUUGUUAGAGCUUUGGAUAGAAUUAUUAUUGCUUGUAAUGGGGAAAAGGUUUUUGAUGAAUUUAGUAAGGUUUUUUGGGGAAUAAAAAAUAUAAAAAGUUUUUUUCUGAAACUGGGUAAUACCAAGGCUGCCCCCCCCCCUUUUUUAUAAUA